AUGUCAGCUGUCUCUCCAGUCUCUGUACUAGCUGAGGAUACAGUGGACUGCGGGCUGGAAAUAAAUCUCGACGAUAAACCACCAUUCUCGUGUCGUUCACGCACAAAUGAGGAAGGAGAAGGUGUACUGGGUUCAGAAGGCAUAUUCACAGCGGCAGGGGCACUGCUAGGCUCAUCUUCACUGACAGACACAAAAAUAGUGGGCUUCUGA